AUGGCAGAAAUAAUGUUUCGUAAGUAUAACGCAUAUUGGGGGGAUUAUGAAGAUAUGAACUCUGUUAUGUAUUUUGCUAAGUUGCUUGAUCCUCGGGAGAAAGAAUCUGGUUUGAAAUUUGAUCUGGAAUGUUUGUAUGAGCAAGAUGAUUUCAGGGUUACAACUGUUGUGAAGGCUGUGAAACAAGAUAUGGGAAGACUUUAUGAUGAGUACACCAGCAUGUAUUCAAAUGCCAAUGCAGAGGAAGGUACUGGGUCAACAGCUGCUGCUGGUGUUGAUGACAUGGUUGUUUCUGUGCAAGAAGAGAACAUUGAGGAUAUGCUUGAAUCAAGGAAGAAAAGGCGAAGAAUGAAUGUUCAUAGUACUCAUCCAAAGUCAGAACUUGAAAGGUAUUUGCUUGAUGACUGUGAAGCGUCUACCAGGGAGUUUGAUAUUCUGGCAUGGUGGCAGGCUAAUAGUACCAAGUACAAGUACCGGAAAGCGCAUUCUUACCCCAUGGAGAAGCUCGCUAUCUGCCAGGACAGUUGA